AUGGAUGAAUUUCAAGAAUUGCUACAAACAAUUCCUAAAGAAGUAAACUGGGAUGGCCGGUGGCUAUACUACUACAACAAUUUUUGGUGUCCAGGAGCAGUGCUUAAAUCCACAAUUUUCUUUCAAAGAAACUUCAAAGCUAAGGAUUCCGACAUUAUCUUAGCAUCCAUCCCUAAAUCAGGCACCACUUGGCUAAAAUCACUAAGCUUUAGCAUCAUCAACCGCAAGAAGUGCACAAUACCAGAGAGCCCUCUCCUCAUCACCAAUCCUCAUGAUCUUGUAAGAUCCAUGGAGUUUGGCUUAUUUCUGAAUUCCGAAAAUCCUGAUCUUGAGGCCUUCUCAUGUCCAAGAGUUUUCUCAACGCAUCUACCCUACCAUGCCCUUCCUCAAUCAAUUUUGAAUACCAAAUGUCGCAUAAUUUAUAUAUGUAGAAACCCUUUGGAUCAGUUCAUGUCUCUCCGGCACUUUUUGCUUGAAAAUAGUAGUGAAGAUCAGCAAAAAGCACUUCCUAUUGAUGAAGCUGUUGAAUUAUUUUGCAAAGGCUUAUACCCUUUUGCAAAGGCUGUCGAAAAAGCCUCGAUUUAG